AUGGUACUUGGAAGAUUUGAACAAUUACUCGGCUUAGAAUUUGUGCCCUCUUCGGCUCUAUUCUACUCACCACAGAUUAAGAGCGGUUCGCAGAAGAAAUUGGAACAAGAAAAACAUGUUUUGCGUCAAAAGCUCGCCAUUGCCGAAGAGGAGAGCGAUCAGCGUGUUCUCGAGCUGCAAUCUGAUCUCAAUGAACUCAAAGAUAAAUUACAAGCACAAGAAAAUGCAAUACGUCAAGCGGAAAAAGAGAAAACUAUACUAAUUGACGAGUUGACACAUCAAAAUGCACGCCUCACUGAGCAAAUACAGGAAGCGCACGCCACCGAACUGAAAUUAAUGUCUCAGAUACAGGAACUAAAGGAUCAGUACAAUUACAGAAACACCAGUUUGCAAGAACACGUCCACAGUCUGGAAUCUAUCAAAAGCGAGUUAAACCUCACAACAGAAAAGCGCCAUGAUCUUGAAAAACGUUUACAGCACGCACAGGAGGAGAAAGAAUCGCUGACGUCAGCACUUGAAGAGGCUUCGGAUAGAAUACACAUGCUAGAGAGGCACGCUCGAGAGCAGGAAACCAAAUUAGAGACUACACUACAAGCACUUGAGAGAUCUCAGCGUGAAAAUAAUGUGCUUAGCGAGCGUUUGGGAGCGGACUCGAACUCUAGUGUACAUGGCAAAAAAUCUUUGCAAUUCGAAAUGGAGUGCGACGAGGACGACUCCAGUUUUUCUGAUGGUAAGCCCAGUCAAAUAUGUAUCGAGGCGCGUUCAGUCUACAUACAACUAAAAUCGCUCGUGGAUUCAUUAAAAAUUGGACACGAUGAUGAUUCAGGCUUAAAUUCAGACAUAUCGCUAGACUUGGAAUCUAUGGAUAAUACGAUUUCAUCGUCAAGCCGCACCGAAGGUGGCAAUCAUACUGAUGCUAUUGAGUUUCGUCCCGGCAUGCUCUCGGCCAUGUCUGAUGAGUUGACGCGCCUACUGUUGAAUCUCGAUGCCGGAAACUUCAGAAAAAUGCUCGAUCAGACGCGUAACCUUGUGCUGGAGCAGGAGGAUGAAAUCAAACGUAGUCAUCAAUUGAUACAACAGCUGGAAUCUAAACUCACUGUCACUGACGUCGAGUUGCAGAAUGUGAAAGAAGAACGCGACCAGGCGCGUGGCGAUCUGGUGGACAAUAGCGAUCGCGACGAAUUGCUGGCCAAAGCACAAAAGGAACGCGAUGCGGCGAAUGAACGACGCACAAAAGCUGAAAUAGACUUGGCUAAAACGCGUGUGGACUUAAUGCAGGCCAACAGCCAGUUGCUCGAGUCCAUACAGCAGAAAGUUGAAUUGUCGCAACAAUUGGAACAGUGGCAGAUGGACAUGCAGGAGCUAUUGCAGGACCAAAUGCGCUCCAAAUUAAUUAACAAUCGCAAAGUGGCAUCGCCUGCGCCUGCCAGUACAAAUACAAGCGCAGCUUCAGCAUUGGCGAAACGUGUGUCCAACUACAAGUUCUGGAGCUUAUUUCAACGGUAAAUUGAGCACAUUCUGGAAAUUCUACGCUACUAUAAUUAUACUAAUGUAAAAGUCUAAAAUUUUUUGUAUGAAUGCAAAUAUUUUUUUUAUGAUUAUUUUUUAAUAUUUAUAUACAAACAGUUACAUAGCAAAAAUUUAUAUGUAUAUGUAUGCACGUAUGUUGUAACGUAAAAAAGACAGAAUGGAAAAUACUUAUUGCAUUUUUAUACAUUCGCUAGUGUAAUUACACAAAGUAAAAAAUAAAAAGUGAAAAAUAAAAAAUAAAAAAGGGAAAAUAAAAAAUUGAAAAUUAACAAUUUAAAAAAAUGAAAAAUAAAAAAUGAAAGAUUAAAAAUUAAAGAUAUAGAUAAAUAUUUACUUUACCUAAUGUUAGACGCUGAUUUUUGUGAACAUAAAAUUGUUGGAAACUUGGCCGUGAGCCGUUGUGUUUCGCAUACGCUUUAUUAACUUUAAUUGAUAGGAAACAAAAGAAAAUUCAGCAAGAAAAGACACUAAUCGUACACUAUUUAAUAAAAAAUUAUUAAAAAAUAAAAAAAAAAAUAUUAAAAAUACUUUAGUAUUAUAUUUAAGUUGCAAAAUUGAAAUGAGAAAACAAGCAAUUCAAAAUUGAAAACUGUGCAAUAGCAGCACUUUAGUCAACCACAUUUCCAAAUCCCAAAUAACGUAAUGAGCAUUGCGUGCAACUCAAGCGCCCAAAGAACACAUAUCGCUAUGGUCCAAAACUGGGCAUUGCUGCAGUAAAAUUUAUAAGGACACCCUACAUUUAUUGUUUGUUUUCCGCACUUAAUUAAUUCAUGAACCGUAAAACACUAAUACACAUUACGUAUUAAUACUUAUUAAACAAGAAAUAAUUUAUAUAAAAAUAAUAUUUUAAAUAAGAAAAUUCAGUUUAACAAUAUAUUAGUGAAAAUGUAAACCAUUUUAAUUAUAUAUGUAGGUACAUGCAUACAUACAUACAUACAUACAUAUAUGUAUAUUAAUUAUAAGUCUCUUAAGUGCAUUAAAUAGUCACCAUUAACGUUCGAUCGGCGUGAUUGGUGAUGUGAUUGGUUGAUUGAUUGGUUGAUUGUAAACAAGUAUAGUUGAUGGCAGCGGUGACGCAGGAGAUUGUGGAACACAAGUAAAACAACAAAGAAGGAUAUUUCACAAAAAAAUUAUUAAAUCUUAAAAAUGGAAGCAGUGAAAUAACGAAAUGAAAAUCAAUAGACAACGGGAAAGUUAAGCUUUAAUUUCACGUACUUGCCUUAACGCUGACAAUGAAUCAAAAUUUUAAAGUCAAAGCUAAAAUCUUGUUUAAAAAGCAAAUAAAAUUGUGCAAAAUCUUAUUUUAUUAUAGAUUUGUGUAAAAUUAAUGAA